AUGGUUAAAGCAAACAAUCGAGCUAUUGUUUUCCUUAAGCCUCCAACGGAGUUUCCUCUUCCUGGGAAACAUCUUGGUAUUGAGUCACAGGAAGUAGAUGAUAAACUCAAAGAGAAUGAGGUCCUGACUCGUAACCUUGCCCUUUCCCUUGAUCCAUAUCUGAGAGGGAGGAUGAGCGGUCAGAAGGCUGAUUAUCUUACUUGGUUCAAACCUGGGCAGACAAUUGACAGCUACGUUGUCGGUGAGGGAUUCACUGCCUAUGGUAGUCUCCUCGAACUUGGUCAGCCCAAGGCAGGUGAAACUAUCUUCAUUUCGGCUGCAUCAGGUGCUGUGGGCCAAUUAGUCGGCCAAAUCGCUAGGCGUUUCGGACUUCGUGUGAUUGGCAGUGCCGGUUCCGAUGACAAGGUCCAAUACCUUUUAAACGAACUCAAGUUCGAUGCUGCGUUCAAUUACAAGAAAGUCAACAAGUCCAUUCUCGAAACUCUGCGUGAAUUAGCUGGGCCAAAGGGGUUUGACAUUUAUUAUGAUAAUGUUGGAGGCGAAACUCUAGAGGCUGCGAUCGAGGUUAUCAAUAAACAUGGUCGGAUCAUUGCUUGUGGUCAUAUCAGUGAUUACAACUCUACUCAACCUUAUGCGGUAAAGAACCUGUACAAGAUCAUCGUCAAGAGUCUCAAGGUCCUAGGAUUCAUGGUCUAUGACUUUUCGACCGAGGUCCGCGUACGCUUCGAAAAGGAGGUCACCCAAUGGCUCCUGAAUGGCGAGAUCAUCUACAAGGAGCAUGUCACUGUGGGUCUCGAAAACACCCCUGAAGCCUUUUUGGGAUUACUUCAAGGGAAGAACUUUGGAAAAGCGGUUGUCAAGAUCGCUGACCUGUAAAAAG